AUGAGUUCUAGGUUAUCUGGGAAGGUGAAGUGGUUCAAUGAUCAGAAGGGGUUUGGAUUCAUUACCCCUGAUGAUGGUACCGAGGAGCUUUUCGUUCACCAAUCUCAGAUCCAGACUGAUGGUUUCCGGAGUCUCGCUGAAGGUGAAUCUGUUGAGUAUCAGGUUGAAUCUGAUACCGAUGGACGAUCCAAGGCUGUUCAGGUAACUGGUCCUGACGGUGCGUCUGUGCAGGGAAGCAAGCGUGGUGGUGGAGGUGGUGGAUAUGGUGGUGGAGGUGGUUAUGGAGGUGGUGGUGGUUACAACAGUGGCGGUGGAGGUGGUUAUGGUGGUAGCAGAGGCGGAGGUGGAUAUGGUGGAGGAGGUGGUGGAUAUGGUGGAGGAGGAGGUGGUUACGGUGGUGGUGGACGAGGAGGAGGACGUGGUGGAGGCGGCGGAGGUGGCGCUUGCUAUAACUGUGGUGAAUCAGGUCACAUGGCGAGGGAUUGCAGCCAGAGUGGAAGCGGUGGUGGAGGUGGUGGAAGAUACGGAGGCGGUGGCGGUGGAGGCGGUGGUGGCGGUGGAAGCUGCUACAGCUGUGGAGAAUCUGGUCACUUUGCGAGAGAUUGCCCAACCAGUACCCGUUAG